GGUUUUAAAAUGGAACAUUUUGAUGCAUCACUUAGUACCUAUUUCAAGGCAUUGCUGGGCCCCCGAGAUACCAGAGUAAAAGGAUGGUUUCUUCUGGACAACUAUAUACCUACAUUUAUCUGCACUGUCAUAUAUUUACUAAUCGUAUGGCUGGGACCAAAAUAUAUGAGAAAUAGACAGCCAUUCUCAUGCCGGGGUAUUUUAGUGGUGUAUAACCUCGGACUCACGUUGCUGUCUCUCUAUAUGUUCUGUGAGUUAGUGACAGGAGUAUGGGAAGGCAGAUACAACUUCUUCUGUCAGGGCACACGCAGUGCGGGGGAAUCAGACAUGAAGAUCGUUCGUGUCCUCUGGUGGUACUACUUCUCCAAACUCAUAGAGUUCAUGGACACCUUCUUUUUCGUCCUGCGUAAGAACAACCACCAGAUCACCGUCCUGCACGUCUACCAUCACGCCUCCAUGCUGAACAUCUGGUGGUUCGUGAUGAACUGGGUUCCCUGCGGCCACUCUUACUUUGGUGCCACACUGAACAGCUUCAUCCAUGUCCUCAUGUACUCGUACUACGGCCUGUCGUCUGUCCCUUCCAUGCGCCCCUACCUCUGGUGGAAGAAGUACAUCACUCAGGGCCAGCUGGUGACUUCAGUUCGUGCUGACAAUCAUCCAGACCAGCUGCGGGGUCUUCUGGCCAUGCACGUUCCCUCUCGGCUGGUUGUAUUUCCAGAUCGGAUACAUGAUUUCCCUGAUCACGCUCUUCACUAACUUCUACAUCCAGACUUACAACAGGAAGGGGGCCUCUCGGAGGAAAGACCACCUGAAGGACCACCAGAAUGGGUCCAUGGCUGCUGUGAACGGACACACCAACAGCUUUUCUUCCCUGGAAAACAAUGUGAAGCCGAGGAAGCUGCGGAAGGAUUGAAGUGGAAGAGCCGGAGCCCUCCACACCACGCCACCUGAUUGUAAGCACAACACGACUUGUGCCCCGACACUCGUUAACAGCUGCUGUAACUAGUCCGGCCUACAAUAGUGUGAUUCACGUAGGAUCUCUUUCAUCAGUUCAAAUCCCCUAGAAAACGUAUACCGAUUAUACAAGUAGGAAUAAGAUUUCUAACAUUUUUGGGCUGUCAUUGACCCCUGCGCUAGACUGUGGAAAGGGAGUAUUAUUGUAGUAUACAACACUGCUGUUGCCUUAUUAGUUAUAACAUGAUAGGUGCUGAAUUGUGAUUCACAAUUUAAAAACACUGUAAUCCAAACUUUUUUUUUUUACUGUAGAUCAUGCAUGUGAUUGUAAAUGUAAAUUUGUACAAUGUUGUUAAUGGUAGAGAAACACACAUGCCUUAAAAUUUAAAAAGCAGGGCCCAAAGCUUAUUAGUUUAAAUUAGGGUAUGUUUCAAGUUUGUAUUCAUUUGUAAUAGCUCUGUUUAGAAAAAAAAAAUUGAAGACCGUGAUUUAUGAACUAGCGGGGGACACGUAAUUUCAAGUGACUUGUAGAUGUGAAAUUAGAAACGGCACCUUCAGUUUUGUACUAUUGGCUUUGAAUCAGGCAGGCUCAGAUCUAGUGGAACAGUCAGUUUAACUUUUUAACAGAUCUUAUUUUUUUAUUUUGAGUGCCACUAUUAAUAAUGUAAAAAGUUGGGGGGGCUCUAAAGCAGUCUUGAUGAAACUUAAAUAUAUAUUCUUUGUCCUCAAGAUUUUAGGAAGAGUGUAGGGUAAGUAGGCCUUUUUUAAUUUCUGAAGUGCUAAGUGUUUUUAUACAGCAAACAAAAAGUCCGUUUUGCUUCCCACCAGUGCGAGAAAGGAGGUAGACCUUUCAGGAGAGAUGAUUGAAUAUUUAUCAUUUGACAAGAGCCCUACAGAUGAGCAGUGGGGAACUGGUUGCCAGGGUCCAAGUUUAGAUUAAUUUCUGUACUGCUAUCUGUUUUGACACAAACUUCCUUUUAAUAUGUGCCUAGUCUACCAAAAUUAACAAAGGGUUAAAAAAAAGGACCUUAAGAAAUGUUAAGGCAAAAUUAAAUAGAUAGCAACAGGGAGAUUGGAGAGAGACAACUUGUUUAAUGUAAAUCUAAUAGUACCUGUAAUUCUUUUCUGCUUAGAAUCUAAAGAUUUGUUUAAUAGACUGCUUUCCAUGAAAUCAUGUCUCAGACACUUGAGGCAGUGGUUAAACAGAUAAAGACUAUUAUGUGUGUCAUUUUAAAGUGUUGGAAUUUAGCCUCUGAAUACCUUCUCCAGUAGGGAAAAAAGAAUUUGUUGAACCACUCGUGACACAUCUUAGAAGGUCAUUGACAAUGUAUAAACUAAUUGUUGGUUUGGUAUUUAUGUAAAUAUCAGUUUACCAUGCUUUAAUUUUGCACAUUCAUCUUGUGGGGAGCCGACUGGUUCUCUUAUUAGUCUUGUGGAUUUUCUGUUUGAAAGGAGUCGCGGCAUCUGUUUACAUUGACCUUAUCAGACCUAGAAUGUGUAUAUUUAUAAAUGUAUGUCUUCAUUCCUGGGUACUAAUUGGCAGAUGUCUUUACAUAUUUCAAUACAGAAACAGUAACAUUCAAUAGUGUGCUGUCAGAGUGUGCUUAGCUCAUGUGGAUAUACCCACACUGUUAAACGAUGUCUAAACAUUAAUCAUUAAAACAUUUUUGAUGACCUGUA